CCAGCAUCAGCACCUCCAAACCGAACAAGGCGACCCGCGGUUGGGAAAGGAUGCUCUCCGGUCCGCGAUGCUCACCAGCUCGAGGAGACAUAACGAUGACACGAGUAACCGAGAUACGCUCGUGCGGCUGGGUCAAGGUGAUGAAGAGCCCGAUUCUGUCUUUUGAGGGCGCCGCGCGAAUGUAGGGCUAAUACAGGAAAGCCAAGCAAACAAAAGGCAUCCAGCCCCCCUCCUCUGACGCACCUGGCUGCCCUGUCGCCACUUGACAUGACAGCGCAGAGCCGGGAGCAGAGCAGCAGGAUCAAGGGGCACCGACGUGCAGCCGGACGUGUGGACUCGACAAGGAAUAGAGGAGCCUCCGGACGCACGGCGGAGAAGCAGCAGCAGCCCAGGGGAGGCCGGAUUGCAGUUUCUGGGGACGAGCGCCAAGGGCAGUGCGGCAGUCAGCAGGCAGACCGGGGGGAGGAGGCUGCGGAGAUCUGUGAUACUUCCCCCCCAGGCCCCACUGCGCUCUCACCUCCACAUCAUCCUGGACAUAUGAUGGUGGAUGUUUUUAUGUUUGAUCAAUGGUGACUGUGAUACUCCUCAUCACUUUCUCUCCUUUUUUUCCUUCCCAACCAGUCAGUGAUGAUGGGCAAUUGAAAGAUUAGAUCUGCUCUUCAGGCAAGGGUGGAACCCGGAGGGGACUGAUGUACAUACUGGCCAGGUAUCAUUUGCUCCCUUCUUCUCUGGUUUUGCUCAUUUUGCUUGUCGCCUGCACUAUGGGCUGUAUUCAGAGCAUCGCAUGCAAGCCCCGCAUCAGACGGGAGAACAUUGUGGUGUAUGAGGUGUCAGCCUCUAUUGACCAGUGUCCCACCAUCAUUGAGGAGAACUCACCAAUUGUGCUCCGUUACAAGACGCCUUACUUCAGGGCCUCAGCAGGGGUUGUGAUGCCACCAGUGCCCCGCAAUGAAACCUGGGUGGUGGGCUGGAUCCAGGCUUGUACCCAGAUGGAGUUCUACAACACCUAUGGUGAUAUUGGCAUGUCCAGCUGGGAGUUACCAGAGCUGCGAGAGGGUCGAGUCAAAGCCAUCAGCGACUCAGACGGCGUCAGCUACCCCUGGUACGGCAACACCACAGAGACAGUCACCCUGACGGGGCCCACGUCCAAACCGUCCCGUCUCACGGUCAGCAUGAACGACAACUUCUACCCCAGCGUGACCUGGGCAGUGCCCAUCAGCAACAGCAACACGCCCAUGCUGACCCACAUCACCAGGGACCAGAGCUUCAUCACCUGGCUGGUGGCCAUGAACUCUGUCACCAAGGAGCGUAUCGUGUUGCAGACGGUGCGGUGGCGGAUGCGGGUGGACAUUGCUGUGGACCCAGACAUGCCUCUGGGCUCUCGGGCUUCUUUGGUGGGUCGUCCCUACCAGGAGCAACCGCAUAUCCUCAACUACCAGGAGCCCAUCCCUCCCAACGCGCUGGGGAGGCCGAAUGCCAACGACGCCCAAGUGCUAAUGUGGAGGCCACGGAGAGGGGCGCCACUAGUGGUCAUACCGCCAAAAUAACAGGGUCAAAUAGUUGAACAGACAAAAGUAUAAUUUGUUCCCUCUUGAAGAAAGGUGAUGAAGUCAUGAAGCCUAUCAGAGAAGAGAGAACCGAUGGUUUCCCUGCGCUCAAGAUGCCAGUGGCUCAUUAUCCCUGAAAGAUUUAAGUGGACCAUUAUAACAAGAGUGGAUAUUACAUCUUCAAUCUGACACAUUAUGGUGUCAGAAUGGAAGUCUACAACAAACUAGUGUCAAGGGCCCCAGCUUGCAUCACGGCUUGUUUGGCCCCCGACAAGUUUUAGACCGCAUUAAUGAGUACUGCCUGCUUUUUAGCGAAGAAGGAACAGUGUUUUUUUAGACGUACCACAGAGGUAUUAGACCACAACGAGAACUGCAUCCUGCAUCCUUAUAUAGAUCUUAUUGCAUGAGAGAGUGAAAGAGACACACAAAAACUGUCCUUGGGAAGUUUAAGAAUAGCAUUUGUUUUGUAUAACUUGAUACCUGAAGACAUUUUGAUUGAAAAGUCAGCCAAAAAAAAACAACCUGCGGGCUGGUUAAACCUCGUCAGUGCCAACAAAGGCCUUCUUCAGCACACUCAGUACCAGAGUUAAAGGAUGUAUUCAGAAGAUUUAAAAGAUACAAAGUAUUAUAUGAAUUUUUUUAGUUUAAGAUUAACUCAUGAAUCAGUCAGAUUGUAUUAAGAGCACCCACCUUGCAUAAAAGUCUGGAAGAAAACCAAAUCUGCUGUAGUUUUCACUUGAGUUUUGCUAAUACACCAACAUAUUUUCCACUCACUCGCCUCUGUAGUGCAGCUGAUAUUGUAUUCAUAUGUAUGGGUGACAAACUAUCAGAGAGAUGAGCUGGACCUGUUACCACAUUAAAUAAAUAACGUCAGCUAUGCUUUCAAUAAGUGCGGUGUAAAUGACUUGGAAUAGUGCCAUACAACACAUUUAAAACAAGAGGGUGAUAGCAGUCCAGGCCGCAUAUAUCUUAGCUGGAAUGGAGCCGAGUUGUAUUCAGACCUAAGGUAGAUUUGAUAUGACACUAAUAAGGCCAUGUUGCACUACCAAAUUACAUAAAUCUUCCUACAAUCAGGGAAUCUAAAUGUACUCUCGUUUUCUUGGUGUGGAAUUAAACCAGACUACAUUUUGAAAAGGA